AUGCCGCAUUACCCAGAAGACAUUGAGUAUUCAGACAAAUAUCAAGACGAGUUCUAUGAAUAUAGACAUGUCAUUUUACCUAAACAUGUAUUCAAAAAAUUGACAAAAGGUAAAUUAUUGAAUGAGAUGGAAUGGAGAGGCUUAGGUGUUUAGUAAUCUAGAGGGUGGGUUCACUACGAAUGCCAUAGACCAGAACCACAUAUAUUAUUAUUCAGAAGGCCUAAAGGAACUGAUCCAAACACUGGAUUGCCUCCAUAAGGCUUUUCUGCGCCUUAUUGA